AUGCUGCGCAUACUCCUGGCGGCUGCGGCGAUGUGGACAGGUCCCGCGAGUCUCGCCGGGGCAAUGCGAGACGAUCGCAGCAGCGGACUAGACGCCAUGGACUACCAGAGCUCCUUGAACCAGGAUGCAACCACGACUACAACAGGGGAUUCAUCGGAGAUCUGCUGUGCCUGUCAAGGCGGACGCGAAAUUACGUACCCUCCGGGCAGCAUGUGCCCUUCAACAUGUGUCCAAAGACCCGAGCCAGGCGGGUGCACGGUGAUGGGGACCCGAGUCGUACCUCCGCUUCCGCCAAGUUUCGGACGCUCCGUAGACCUGCCGAAAUAUAUCUGCUGCGUUUGUCUUUUGAAGGAAGGAUCAGGGAAAGAAGAAAUGACUUUACCAGCGACCAGCAGUUGUCCGCAAGGGUGUGGAAAGAAGGGCGAAGGCACUCGACCUGGGCAGGCCUUCCACGGCCAAGGCGAUAGGCCAUGCCAAAUCUAG